AUGUAAUAAUAGAAUGUAAUUUAAGAUGGGCAAUCUGUUGAUGAAAACAUUUCAAAACUCUAUCAAUUAUUGGAGUUUAAAGGGAAGGGAGCUUACGGAGUUAUUUGGAAAGCAAUGGAUCGAUAGACCAAGAAAAUAGUUGCUCUGAAAAAGGUUUUUGAUGCUUUUUCAAAUGAUACUGACGCAUAGAGAACCUAUCGAGAAGUUAUUUAUCUAUAAUAAUUGACGUAGCAUGAGAACAUUGUUAAAUUGCUACAAAUUCAUAGAGCGAUGAAUAUGAAGGACUUGUAUAUGAUAUUUGAAUACGUGGAAUCAGAUCUCCACAAGGUCAUAAGAGCGAACCUACUCGAAGGAUAACAUCUGAUAUACAUCCUCUACUAAAUAUUGAAAUGCCUCAAGUACAUUCAUUCUGGAGGUUUGAUCCAUCGAGAUUUGAAGCCAUCCAACAUUUUAAUAGAUUCUGAUUGUAGAAUUAAGUUGGCUGAUUUUGGAUUGGCAAGAUUGGCAACAGACAUAGAUGAAUUUACUGUGAUGACAGAUUACGUUGCUACGAGGUGGUACCGUUCUCCCGAGAUUCUUUUAGGGUCUCCUCUUUACAAUAAUUCAGUAGACAUGUGGAGUGUAGGUUGUAUAUUAGGAGAAAUGGUCCUAAGUAAAUCUAUCUUCACUGGUUAAUCAACCUUGAAUCAACUGGAGAAAAUCGUAGAGGUUCUAGGCAAGCCUUCCUAAGAGGAUUUAGUAUAGAUAAAUGCCCCCAUUGCGGAGAAAAUAUUUAGAGAGAUAUAGAUGCCCAGAAGAAAGUCAUUAUUUACUUAUAUCAAAUCUACGGAUAUUAUCAUCGAUUUCAUUAGCAAAUGUUUAACUUGGAAUCCAAAUAAAAGAAUGACAGUUGAUUAAGCACUCUAACACCCUUUAUUGAAUGAUUUCAGAGGCACUGAAAGAGAGAAUAAUUAUCCAUCCAAAAUUACUAUUGAGCUAUCUGAGAAUGUUAAAUUGGAUAAAAAGAAAUAUAGGGAAAUCUUAUACAAAUUGGAUGUAAAUUAUUAAAAAUAGUAAUAUAUCAAAUAAUUAAGUAAUGAAGAACAAAUUCCAUCAGCUAUCAAAAGCAAAAAGCUUUCAAAUUAAAUUCAAUAAACUUAUCAAAAAUAUCUAAAUAAUGGAAUCGACUCCAAAUAUUAAAGAGUCUCAAAGUCUACAUCUAAGCCUAAUCAAUUUCAUUAGAAUUUUUAAUCUUAAAUGGAUAUUUAAAGUUAAAUUCUUUUAACCUAAUCUAUCUAACAACAAAAUCAAUAAAUCAUGAAAUAAAAGAUGCUAUAAAAUAGAAUUAAGACACUCCCUGAAAACUAUGUUGACAUCAUUAUCCCAACUGAGCAAAAAAGUCCAAAUAGAGAACGCUAUUUUUCUUAGAUUAAAAUUACCAAUACUCAACCUCAAAUCCCUCAAUCCUCUACUCCCAUCAGAAGCAAAUCAAUGAAGAAUAGACUAUAUAAUGAAUCUGCUGAUCAUUGUGUGCAGCCAAAAGAAAAUGACUCCAAAAAAAAGUUACUUACUGCAUAUUUAAAUCAAAAACCCAAAAGACCUGUUCUCUAUAAUUUUAAAAAGACGAUUAUUCGGAAUAAACUCAACACGGAUCAACUACUCAAUAAAAAACAUCUUGGCCACUUAAAUAAUAUGGAUACUUCAAAUCUGGUCUCAAUUGCUAAAUGA